UUUCAACAACAUGGCGGUAUAUUUACAUUGCUUUCUCUAAUUUAGCUCGUGGGUUGUUAUUACUGUCAGAAAUCAAAGGGAAGACUGAUACUUUUAUAUUUUAUUCUUUCUGUUUUAAGUUGUAUAAUUUAAUUGUAUCAACCAGAAGAAAACAAUGAGUAACAUUUAUAUACAAGAACCCCCAACGAAUGGAAAGGUAUUGUUAAAGACGUCGGCAGGUGAUAUUGAUAUUGAACUGUGGUCCAAAGAGGCCCCAAAAGCAUGCAGAAAUUUUGUUCAACUUUGCAUGGAAGGGUACUAUGACAGUACAAUUUUCCACCGUGUUGUCCCAGAAUUUAUCGUGCAGGGAGGGGAUCCCACUGGAACAGGAACUGGAGGAGAAUCCAUCUAUGGACGCCCCUUUAAGGAUGAAUUCCAUUCCAGGCUGCGUUUCAACAGAAGAGGACUGGUUGCCAUGGCAAACGCUGGACCCCAUGAUAAUGGCAGCCAGUUUUUCUUUACAUUGGGCCGUGCAGAUGAGCUUAAUAACAAACACACUAUAUUCGGAAAGGUUACAGGAGAUACAGUGUACAAUAUGUUGCGAUUAGCAGAAGUGGAAACGGAUAAAGAUGACAGGCCACUUAAUGCACACAAAGUACGAUCUACUGAGGUGUUGCACAGUCCCUUUGAUGACAUAGUUCCACGGGCAGUAAAAAACAUUAAAAAGGAAAAAGAAAAGGACGACGGAAAGAAAUUUCAGUCCAAAGCCACAAAGAAUUUCAGUUUGCUUUCUUUCGGCUCUCGCAGCUAAGAGGCAGAAGUUCGGAAGCCAGUUAGGUCAGUCAGUCAGAGUAUGAAGGGAAGAAGCAAGAGCAGUCACGAUUUACUGAAAGGUGACCCAAGAUUGAGUUCAAUUCCUGCUGUAGACCGGGGACAAAAGUCUAAAAGUCAAAGAGGGGAUUCGUUUGAGGGCGAGGAGGUGGAAGAUGAAGAGGGAGGUGCAGACGACAGUGAUUGCAACACCGAAGAAAGGCAGCAAAUGAAAGACAGGAUCUCAAAGAAACUGAAAAAAGACAAAAAUGAAGAUGUCAAACAGGAGCCUGGAGAGAAAGAGGAAAGGGUUAUGAAAACCAGCCGUAGCGAUGAACUGCGUAAAGAGGCACGUCAACUGAAAAAGGAACUUCUGGCAGCCAAACAGAGGAAAGAAGACUCUCGUGAAAAGGAAGUGGAAAAGGAACUAGAAAAGAAGGCCCCUAAUGUUGCAAUGGCAGAAUAUUUAGAAGAAAGGAAGAAGUAUGAUGAACUAAGGAAGCAGAAAAAGAAGAAAGGGACAACCAGAGAGCAACAGACGCUGGCUCUUCUUGAACAGUUUAAAUCCAAACUGUCCAGUGCCAUCACAGUAACUCCAGAGGAAGAUGUUGAGGAAUUAGCAGCAGAAGAUGAUGAUAAGGGAUGGAUGUCCCAUGUCCUUCAGUUUGACGAGCAAAGCAGAAAAGUAAAGGAUGCAACCAUUCAAGAUGAAGACACAUUUGAAAUCCAUGACCCACGCAACCCUGUAAACAAGAGGCGAAGAGAAGAGAGCAAAAAGAUAAUGAGAGAGAAAAAAGAAAGACGGUGAACUUGUCUGUCUCCUUUGCAAAAGACAAUGACUGAGAGGUUUAGCUGUGCAUGCUCUGCCCAAGUCACCAAUCUCAGUACCUUCAGCUGCAUCAUUCUGAGUGUGCCUUGCAAAAUGCUACAAGUCAUAAAUUACAGUUUUACAAUGGGAUUCGAUGGUGUUAUGUGUGAUCUUCAUAGGAAUUAUCAUGUAUUUUGCAUACCGAGUUAUAUAUUGUGACGGAUUGCCUUGUAACAAGCGUCCGCACUCACAAGCCCCGUCUUCUCGUGGGAAAAUAAAGCACUUACACAAUUGCUUUCCGUGAAAAAGGAAAGGGCCUGUGUGUUUAUUUAUUUCCAAAUAAAAUAAACCAAAACAAGAAGCCUAACUCUUCUCCAUUGCUCGAACUAAACUUUUCCCACUAACCAGAUUAACCACCAGACAGCUAGUCCAUUUACCGGUCUCCAACCAAACAACUCUUAGUUUUAACUGACCUGUUUUUCUUUGUUCAAACACCACACCCAAUCUCUGUCUCCAACCCCCAACCAACAGAACACACAAACGGUGGCCUUUUUUAUUCACAAGCAUGAUCAGUCGCAGCUGAUUAGUAUUUUCUCAAUUAGCAUUCAUUAUCCCAUAAACGAUCCAAUUUAGGAGCCCUUUACUAAGAUGGCGCCUGAUAACGUCGGCUUUCCCCAAAAUGGAGUGUUCUCUCAAAACUCCCCAGGGUCCUAAUGCCCCAAUAAAUUAUUCCUGCCCCAUAAUAUUUAUUUUAGCCCGAACUUAUUUAAUUUAAAUUUCCCUUAUCUAAUACACCAUUAUCAUUUACAAGACUAUUAAUUAACCCAUCUUUAGUUUGAAUCCUCAAAACUUUACUCUAUUUGAUUUCCUUGUUCACCAUUCAGUUGGUUUACAUUGUCAUUUCACAUUUUGUUCAUUUUUUUUAACCAGUCCCUCACAAUAUAAAUAUACAGCUAUGGCCAAACGUAUUGCA